AUGAGCGGCAGUGAUCCAGGGGGCCCAUGGCAGCACCCAAGGGCCUGCUGGCUGCUGAGCUCCGAAGCUGGGGGGCCCCAGGGCCUUUCCUCACCACAAGCCCCUUCCUUACAGCUGCCGGGCCAACCCGACCCGGUACCAAGUUACAGCAGCGGCGGCAUCAUGACGGAGAGGGAAACGCGGACCAUGCUGUGGGGUGCUGAGCUAACUCACGACAAGCGGAUUUGCACCUUCAAGCCCGAACUGGAGAGGAAGGAAACCUGUAAACUGGUCAUCAGUACGGUUUGCCUGGGUGAGAAAGCCAAAGAAGAGCUGAACCGCGUGGAGGUCCUGACCCCGGAAAGCAUGGAGGACAGGAGGUCGCCCGUCACCCUGGCUACGCUCAAGCCCUCUGUCCUGCCCAUGGUGGCCAUGUCGAGGGUAGAGCUUUCUCCUCCAGUGGUCUUCCAGCUUCGGACGGGCUCGGGACCCGUGUUCCUCAGUGGCCAGGAGUGCUAUGAGCUUUUAGACUCCUCCUGGGCAGAGGAGGAGGAGGAAGAGUUUGAGGAAGAGGAGGUAGACGUGGAUGACGAUGACGAUGACGGCAGCGGCAGCGAAGCAGACGUGUCUGCAGAGAGCACUUCUGCCCGACAAGGGAAGAGGCUGGUGCCCCACAAGCAGAUGAGCGUGACGAAGAAAAAAAAGCUGGACAAAGAAGAGGCGGCAGAGAGCUCCCUGCCACCUCCACACAGUUCCAGGUCCACUCCAGUGGCAGACAAGACCCCUGCGAGAAAGACCCACCUGCACCCCUACCACGAAGGACCUGGACCCUGA